UGUCGCGAAAUGAAUUGAAAUUGGUCUCGUCCGCGCUGCUACGGUCGGAUUUUUUCUAUGAGUUGUGUGUUGCAGCUUGAAGGAGGCAUCUUUUCAAGAGCCAAAAGGGAGUUUAAGGGAACUAUGUACACUCUACUGAUGGUCUAAGUAGGGGCUGUUUUGGAUUUGUUGUGAGAAAAAUCGUGCGGCAUCGGAAACGGUACUAUUGUGACAAACGGGAACGGCUUUAAAUUAGCUUCUCGGGCUCGAGACGGAGACACACCACCGUUCGAAAAAAGAACACACAGUUUCAAGUUUUCUUCCUUUAAUUUCGGAGGACCAGGUUGAGAGCAUAGCGAAGCGGAAGAAGUGAAAGAAAACGAAGCAGCAACAGCAGCAGCGACAGAAGAAGGAAAGUAUCGGCCUUCUCGCUCGCGCACCCUUCUCGAGUGCUGCUUUUCGCUUCCUUCUCUCGGGGCUGAAGCAGAAAAUAAGUGUUUUUACGUGGAUUUUUUCGUCUCUGUUCGUCGAUACGUUUUGAGAAAAGCCUAGGCCUACUGCCAUGGCGAGCCCCUUGGCGAGUGUGUGAAUGAAUGGAGAAUUUCUACCGAAACCCAAAGUGUGCGUGUCUAUUUGGGUCUCGUUUUGCUCGGGUAUUUUGUGUGAUGUGUUCCAGUAGGCCUGGUCGCCACCGUCGAUGUUGAUCGCUCGAGGUGCAAAUGAGUUGUGAGAAGGAACGGGCGAAAAACAGAAUUGGGUGCGAAGCGUAAUACUCGACAGAGGGCCGAGCGGCGAAAUAUUGUAAGUGAUUUUCACGACGCGAAUACCGGCGCUACGGUGUGGUGCGGGAGAUGUGUGCCGUGUUUCGUGCAUGUGUGUAGCGAAUAUAUAUUUAUAUUUUCGCAUCCGCGAGACGGGAAAAGCGGAAUAAAAAAUCGUCUAUGAUCAAUUUUCCGCCGCCGUUGUCGAAAUCGUUGUUGUUGUUGUUGUUUUUCGCUGCCUGCCUGCGGGUUGGUAGGUGCUGGUAGGGAAAAAAGAGCGAGAAGAGCAAAUUCAGGCGAACCAAGAGUGCGCCGCAUUCUGUGGGUUUCGAAUAGUUUUGUUCGAUUAUCGAGGGAACCAGGCUGAGAAAAGAAGGAAGAAAAAGAGCGAUCAAGUGGAGGAAAACAAAUGCGAACGAGCUGCUGUCUAGUGGAAGUAGCAAGAAACGUAUGAAUCCAAGAAUAUUUUCGGCUGGGAGAAGAAACAAAAAUUGAAACGGAGACCCCUCCAGAAGUGAUGUGUGCGAAGCGAAAUGAAAUGUAAAUGAACAAUCAAUAUCUAGGCACGAUCGAAGCGGAAGGUUUCUGGCGUAUCCGUGGAUAACCGAGUGGAAAAAUAUACACCAUACAACUCGAAAGUGUGAUUUACGCUCGGUGUCAAAAGUGAAAACCGUGAAAGAAACCGAGCUCCGAGUGUUCUAUGAGGAUGUUUCCGUAAUUGAUCGGUUAUGACAGUGACAGUGUGACUAAGAAGAGCAUUUGGUGCAGCGAAUUGGAUUUUUUGGUGCGGAAGUUUGGUCGUGAACAUAUAAUACACACUCCACAGAGACACAGAGAUAGAUUGUGAAACGACGACGAGGGCGAAACAAGAAAUCACAAGCAGACACACGGACAAUGUAAGUGGCUAAUGGUUCUGCUUCUUGACUCUUUUUUGUGGUCUGUCUUCCUGGAUUUGUUUCGUGUCGCCGUCUCCGUUCCCUGGUGGACGAGUCGUUCGACACCGGCGGAGCGCCUUUUGGCUGCUGACUGACACGACACGUACGAAGACGACGACGGGAUAACCAGCAAAGUUGUUGAAACUCCCGAACGCAGAGUAAGAUUCGGACAGACAGAGCGAGAGAUGAAGAAAAAGUGAUACGUUAUUCGUGGUUCGACGGUGAUUUAAAUAAAAUACAGAUUCAAACAAUUGACGGAAAGAUUUGGGGAGCGCGAACGCCGAAGGCAAUAUUUUAUACUUAACAUAAUCUCUGAGCCGGUGAGAGCGGGUUUUGGGCUGGCAUACCAUGCGAAAAAGAUGAACAGAUACGGCAGGAAGAAGAGUAAAGGUGACGUCACCGAAGUGAACCGUCGCCACCACCACCACCACCACCUACGGCAGAUCGCCAUCAACAGCAGCAUCACGACGAAGCGACGAAAAUGCUGGCUCCAGAGCGCACGGUUCCGGUUGCUACCGAGCCUCCGGAUGGGUUCGUUUCUGACCCUGGGGCUGGUCGUAUGUCUCCAGCUGCUGCUGAUGUCCACACCGAUGCACUGUGCCAAAACGUUCUACAUGCACUGGAACACGACGAACAGCAUAUUCCGGAUCGACAACACGGACCACAUCAUCGAUGUGAAUAAGGGCAACUCGGCAUUCGAGUAUGACCAGGUCCACAUCAUCUGUCCGGUGUACGAGCCGGGUACGUUCGACAACGAGACGGAGAAGUACAUUAUCUACAACGUGUCGAAGGUGGAGUACGAAACCUGCCGGAUCACGAACCAUGACCCGCGCAUAAUUGCCAUCUGCGACAAACCGAACAAGCUGAUGUUCUUCACUAUCACAUUCCGGCCAUUUACACCGCAACCCGGUGGCUUAGAGUUCCUACCAGGGAAUGAUUACUAUUUUAUUUCGACAUCCUCCAAGGACGAUCUCCACCGGAGGAUAGGUGGCAGGUGUUCCACGAACAAUAUGAAAGUAGUAUUCAAGGUGUGCUGUGCCGACGAUCAGCACCCGCAUCCAAACAUAACGUCUAGUAAUAAUAACAUCCCAUCGUCGACCUCGAUCGACGGUGGAAAUUCGUCGGGUGGUGGCGGCAACAACCCGGUCAGUGGUAGCAGUGGUGUGUCGAUCAACACCAACGCCAGUGGCGGCGGUUCGACGGAUGGCUUCGAUCCGUCCACGCGGCUACUUCCGUCCUCGGCAGUCAACAGCAGCCAGGGUAACAUUGUGCAGAGCACGGUGAACUGGCCGGUUUGGAACGGUGGUCAGCAGCGGCCGGUCCCGUCGACCCCUUCGGUCAACGGCGGAAACGGCCGCCAUCAGCAUCACUACACCCCGUCGCCUCCGCGGUCGGCGAUCAACAACUACAACUAUGGCGGCGGCAGCAGCGGAAGUGGCUCCGGCGCCCACAGUAAUAGUAAUAAUUAUAAUAUUAACAAUCCACCGUCCAAUGCACAUCAGAACAAUAAGCCGACGAAGAAGACGACCGAGUACGACAAGCACCCGAACGAGGUGGUCAAGAACGAGGAGCUCACCUACAACAACGCGGCCACCGUGAGGACCAGCUCCCGAGGUUUGCUAGGAUUAGUAGUAUUAGCGAUCUGCUCGCACCUGCUGCUACUGCCGCCAAGCAGUCGGCCUAACCGGGCGGGAUUGCGGAACGCACUGCCAUUGACGAGAUAGCACGUAAGCCGAUUCCUAACGCGAUGCUAAUCAUGACACACAAACACACACACACGUACACCCCCACACACACAUACAAACACACAUUUGUAAUACGAGACUCUUAGAUCUGUUUUGUUCUAAUUAUUAUAAUUAUUAUUUGCGGCGGGGGGUCAAUACUCUCCCCGAAAAAAAAAUCAACGAUACUUGUAAAACAAGCGAAAGAGAGAGAGUCAAGAAGAGCAUCCGUAAGUUGUAUCCUUGUUCGUACAUAGAGAGCAAAAAAAGAACACGAAUAUCUAAUAGUCCUUAUAGUGUGUAGUAGUGAGUGAUAUUAAUUUAAAGAAACAAAACAAACAACAAAAAAAUCACGCGGUAGGGUAACACAACAACAACAGAUGAAAAAAACAAGGAAAAAUCACACAUUUUUAUUAGAGGUAAACCGAAGACUGAGAGAUUUGACCGCGAAUGGAGAUAAGAAAAAAAACAAGAAAACAGAAGAAGAGGAAGAAGAAGACGAAAACAUUCGACACGAUGACUAUGGGAGAAAAAAAAGAGGCAUCCAACCAUUUUUUUUUUUCGUUCAAGAAUUAGUCACAAUAACCAUAGAAACGAACCAACAUUUCACAAUCAGAAAUUUCAUCUCUUUCUCCCGCGCCCCCUCACGCGCCACCACCCCGCAAAAUCAUAUUGCACACUUUCGUUGGAGAACUUUUAAGGAUCAGAAAGCCCAUUUCGUAAUGCCAAAAAUUGCAAUAAACUUGCACCGAAAGUGGUGCUGCGCGGCGGGGUUGGCAUUGGGUUGAGGCGGAUUUCGGCCGGUAUUUGCACAUUUCACGACGGAAGAUUGAACCAUUUUCAUUCCGUCCGUGUUGUCAGAGGCAAAGGCCAGAGCGGGCAAGCAGCAGACACUAGGCGAGCCCAAGAAUGCUUCCGACGACUGACUGCAAUUUCGCAAUUAGCACUGCGCUGCUUCGAUACGAGUACGAAAAUACUACGGCGGCCUCUGAUUCGAACGUGGGUGUUGGGUUGAAGGGGGUGAGAUGGAGUGAGGAGGCGGUGGUUUCGUUCUCCCGGAGAGAAGUUACGAGAGGGACGGCUCGUGAUGAUGAUAUUGCAAGCGAGAUUUCAAAUUUUUCGGAUAUCUGCAUUUUCUUUGUUUCCCUCCUGAGCCCUGCAAGUCCUGCCUGAGUGGGUGGUGGGCGGUGGGUGGCGUUCAGGAGGUACCGUGGUGCAGCAGACAGAUUUUGGUUGUCUGGCCGGCAGCAGAAGCAGAAGCCAGAAGCAGUGGAGCUACUAUCAGUCCUUUCAAAACGGCUGAGUUGCUGUUUUAUCAAGUUUUUGAGUGGCUAAGCUUUUAUAUUGCUCGGCCAUUCGUGUUGUGAUGUAAGUCCUGUCUUUAUUUUUUUGUGUUUCGCUGCGCUUCGGGCGCGGCGCGUCCUGGUAUUUAGGGCGGGAAAUUAUGCACGAUUUUUGUCCGCUGUGGCGGUGACCAAAUUCAGCUUUUCCGACAAAUUGAAUAGUUACAUGUUUCGUAUUUCUGAAUGAUUCAGAGAGACCUAAAUCCGUAUUAUCUUCUUCUGCACUGUUCUGUGAUAUUCGGUAAUCCUUUAUCGGUCCUGUGUACUAACUGUUUAUGUAAGUUUUGUUCUGCAAAUAAUUAUGCUAGGAGUAGGAGUUAUUACUGUAAAUUUUCUCAAUGUACAUUUGGUAGCGUGUAGAAAUAAACGUUGGAUAGAGUCGCUAAGAAUUUCCGAAAGGAGUGCCCGAAAAAUUCAAAAUUUUACCUGUAAAUAAAAACAACCUUUUUUGUACAAUA